UUUUUUUCUUGUAAGCUCACUGUAUACACCUAAAUUUAUAUAUAUUUCUUAGAUACCUUCAUAUAUAUCUUCUUUACUAAAUCUUUCUGUAUAUAUAAGAAAAAAAAAGUAUUUAACCUAUAUAUAUAAAUUUAGCGAUAUCCCCUCUUCAACAGGAAGUUUCUUUUUUCUUUUUUUUCGAUAUUUCUAUAUAUACCAAAUCACGAUAACAAUAGAAGAUCCAAUAUACGAUUUCCAUUUAUAUAAACAUAACAACCCACAAAGACGCAAGACAGCACAUAAAUCAACAUUUAGUAUAUUAUGACUUGUGCUAUCUCAUUCUGCUAUGGAAAAACAGAGAAAUUACCAAAGCCAUUGACUUGUCAAUUACUCGUUGAAGGCACAAACCUUACUUUAACCGGACAUUUUGAAAAUGUCAUGGCUACUAGAACAGAGAUUCUACAUUCAUACCCUGUAAAAACUCAAUUCAACCUCAAGAUCCCCAGUCAAGAUUGUACCAAAAUAAGAGUAGAGUGUAAAAAAAUUGCGAAGGAAACAAAUACAGUUAUUACUGUAACAGAGACACUUCCUCCUUCACCUUUUGUUUCCCAAAAUUCAAUUCAUAUUCAUAUAUCUGGUAUACCCGGCAGUGCAGAACUCGCAAGAGUUCGUACCUUAGUCAUGUUAGACGAACAGUCUCAAUUAGACGUAGAUACAGUAUCCAUUCCUUACAGAUUACAUAAUUUAAUAUGUGGACGAAAACGAUCAGGCCUUCAAUCAAUAUUGGAGGAAACAGCUACAUCUAUUUACUUUCCUUCGCCAUUCAUAUUUGAAGCAAAUGAGAACUAUGCACCUCCUAUUUACAUCACAGGGGAGAAAAAUGAUGUUGGUAGAGUAAAGGAUAUGUUGACUAAGCUUGCGUCGCAAAAGGCUCAGUCAAUGUAUCAUAAGGAUGCUAUUUUGCAUCCAAGAAAGUUAGAUUGGAUGUUAUUACAUCGUCGGAAUGAGUUGCGAAAGAUUAUGAGAGAUAAUGGAUCAUUCAUCGCUUUUCCAAGAAUGGGCACUGGAAGUAAUCUGAUUACGGUUUAUGCUGAAAGUAGAGUGAAUGCUGAACGUACUCUUCGUUCUCUUCACUUCUUGGCUUGUAGCAUUUAUGAAGCUUUUUUCUACUUCAACCGCGACAGUGUCAUUUAUGGGGUCGAUACCACCCAUAACUUUUUCAGCUCCAUAGCAAAUAUCACAGCUCUUGUGUCCCAGUUAUCUCAAAUUUCUGGUGCUGAAGUUUCUUAUAAAAGCGAGACGGGUUGUAUUGAAGUUUACGGUACUGAACGCUCUGUUCGUAAUGUUUACCAGCGAUUGCAUGACAUGUCCUUCUUGAAAGUGUUCCAUCAAAGCACUAUCUUCAAUGUCGAACUAUCGAACGAUCAACGGGAGUUCAUUAGUGGAAAAAAGAGCGGAAAAGUCAACAAAAUCAUGAAGACAUCUGGUGCAAAAAUCAAGUUUGUGCCUUUCAGCGAAUACAAUUUCAUUAUCGAAGUCGAGAGCAACAACUUCAACAAAGCAUUGGACGGACUAACAUUAUUACACGAGGAGCUACCUGCAGAGAUUUCAUUUUUUGUACCUGAGAUGUACCACAAACGCAUCAUUGGCGUAGGUGGUAAGAAUAUUCAGCGCAUUAUGAAGAAGUAUGGCGUCUAUGUCAAAUUCUCGAAUGCGGAAGAAUUUGCGGCUUUAGGUGGCUAUUAUGAUAAUGAGGAUAAUGUCGUAGCACGCACACCGAUGAAAAAUCAAAUCAAUCUUGAAAAUUUGAAACAUGCCGUAAUGGAUUUAAUCAACCCUAAAGACAGAGAUUGUGUUGAGCAAGUAUUGACUGAUAUACCCUUUUGGAUGCAUCGAACCCUCAUUCGUGAUCACGCCAGUUUCUUAAAAGACAUGACCAAGAAGACAAAUACACAUUUGAUCUGGCCCGAUGAUGAGCUAGCGAGCGAUACACUGACUUUGGUUGGUCCUGAGUCUCAAGUAAACGUAGCGGCACAAAUGAUCAGAUCGAUUAUACCUGAAGAAUAUGAUAUCCGUUUACCCUAUACAUCCAAACUUCAAUCUAUUUUUGAAAGCGAUGCUUAUAAGGAUGUAGUACAGUGCAUUUCUAACGACUACAAUAUUUCAAUUGAGCCCAAGAAUAAGGAACAACAACACGCUGAUUAUAAAGAAGGCAGUGACUUCUUUAUUGCGUUCAAAUUAACCAAAGGGAACCUUGAGCGCCUUAAUAUUGCUUUGGACAUCUAUAUUCGGUUUAUGAGAAAUCAACAAAUUAACAUAUAUGAUGAUAAUCCUAUAGCACGUAUCCCGCCAGUUGUUCCCCUUAAUAAUAUGUGUAUGUUUCCUGCGUUCGAUAACAAAUUCCUUACUUCUGCAAUGCCUUCAGAUUUGGUUUCGCCAACGCCAUCCUCUUCUUCUUCAUUGUUAAAUGAUUUUCCACCAGCUCUAUCGACUUUGAGCAAUGGUUUGAGAAGCUAUUCGUUGUUUGAUUAUCCUAGUGCAGCCACCAGUCCUACAAAUCCAUUAGAGGUACCAUGGAGUCGUUUUAGAGACAUUAAUUCACCCAGAACGGCUGACAAUAUUCGUGCCAUUUUUGAUUCAUCGGAUCUUAAGCAACCUCCUCCACCUCCUCCGUCCAUGUCUUUUGUCUCGCCGUUGGCUUUCCGAACAGGCCCAAAUUCAGGCCCAAAUACUCUUGAUAUAUGGUCAAACGCACCGCCACCACAAGCACCCAUGAAUGGCUUUGUAGGUAGUCCACCCUUAUCUGGCUUCGACACCAAGAACCAGUCUCUCUUGUAUGCGGCUGAACAGACUUCUGCUUUGAAUGGCAACAACGGGCUUUAUCACCACCAUUCAUCUCUAGGUCUUAACAAGCCACCUGCGGAGUACAGUAGCAGUACAUAUGUUGCACCCACUUCAUCCACGUCGACCGGCAGUAACAACAGUUCAAUGCACUCUAGCCAAUCGUUGCCAGAUGUCAUGUUGGACUCUUCGCCCAAACAGCCUCUCAACUUACCAUUUAAACUGAACGGUAAUAACCCCGCUACAUCUAGUGUCGUAAGCAGUCAGAAUACUGCUUCUUCUUUAAUGCAUUCUUCAGUAUCUUCAACAACAUCGGCAGCAGCCCAUGGUUUGAAUAAAGUCUUGUCACCCACAGCAAUGCAUUUUGGGCUAACAGCAUCUACAUCAACGACCACUAGCCUACCAACUACUGCAGCAGCUAUCACGAAACCAGCAAGUGUUAUAGCUACCACAAGGUCUCCACCGCCACCUCUCACCAAUGGAAAAGAAAGUAAUAAAUCUUUAGAGUUUCCUGCUUUGUUUUCCAUGAACCAUUCUUCAACUGAUGAAACUGUCCUCGUUCAAAAUCUGUUGAAUAAUAUGUCAAUGAGUCAAUGAUAUGCUUAAAGACAACAAACUUAUUCAAUAGCUAAAAAAAAACUUUAACAAGGAAUGGAUGAAAGGCUCUUUCUUUUUUGUUUCUAUCAUUCCUUUUUACCCUUUUCUUUUAUACUUACAUAUAUAUAUAUAUAACUAUAUAUACUAUUAUUUCAUCUUUUCUAGACAGUUUAUCUCUUGGAAAUUUUUUUUAUACAUGAAGUCGAUGUAAUUUUGUGUGUGAUCAUCUUAAGUAAUUCAUACUUGCUCAAUACCUUUUUUCUACACAUUUUACAUUAUAUAGUAGUACACCUUAGUUUUUAGUCAAAUAUAUUUUUCUUGAACCAACAACAGUAUUAUAUCAUGCAGGAACGAUAAAAUGAAGUGUGGUUAUAACUCGC